AUGGCCACCCUGAGCUCCAAGCCAGGCUUGCGUUACAGUGUGUCUGACUGGGCGACUAAUAAUAAACAGAUAUCACACACUGCUGAAAACAAGCGCAAUAUUUCACAUGAGAUACGCCAGGAAGGAAGAGCUCUGCGCAAUGAGACGACCAGUAAGACAAACUGGGAUGAGUAUGACAGCAGCAGGCGACUGAGUGACAGAAUCAAUGACGUCACGCGCUGGUGGGAGAAUCUGAAAGCUUGUGCACAGCAAGUGGAUGCAGAAAUGGACGCUCUUACUCUGUCCAAGGAGGAGACAGAACGAGCUCUUGCUGCCACUGUUCUGCCCCUUGAAGUCACUGCGGAGUGCUUGAACCUCAGGGAAGGUCGUCGUGGCAAGGAGCUGGUCAGUGACCCUGUAGAAGCUGAACUAAAGAAGGAAGUAGAGGUGAUUGAUGGAGCACAACGCAUCCUUCAGCAGUGCAUUGACCAGGCCUUUGAACAGCUGUGUCGGUUACAGGAAGCACGGCAACAGUUGACCAUUGACCUUCAGGAUAAAAUAGAGGCCCUUGAUGUGGACAUGUCAUGCUUGUCUCUCACUAUGCGGUCACCUGAGAUCUCCCUGAAGCCAAACCCCACAAGAGUGCCCCCCGGUUCCACAACUCCACAGCAGUGGGAGCAGUUCAGCCGAUACAAUGUUGCCCGAGCUAAAGAAGAGAUGCAGGCCUCUGUGCAGAUAAGAGAGAACAACAGCAUCACAAGAGCACAGGUGCAGAAUGAGCUGGAGGCCCAAAGAAUGGCAGUGGAGUUUGCUCUCCGUAAGCGAACUCACCACGAGGAACAGGCCUAUCAUGAAAUGCAAUGGCAGCUAAAAACUACUCAAGAAGAGAUUGCUGAGCUGGAGAAGGACAUUUGUCACCUAGAGGAGGACAUGCAGGCCAAGACGGCUCCUCUAAAGCUGGUCCACACCCGUCUAGAGAACAGGAUCAAGAGGCCUGGCAUAGACCUGUGCCGAGAUGAGGUUCAGUUUGGUUUGGUGGAUGAAGCCAAGCAACUGGAAGUCACCAUUCUGGCACUGAAACAGAAGUUAGCACACGCCCAGCACUCUCUGCAGUCUCUGAAACAGCAUGAAGCUCAGAUGAUAGAGGAUUUGUCUCGUAAGCAGGACGCUCUGUCGCUGGAGCAGCGCAGCAGCCAGACCCGUCAGCGCCUGACUCUGGGGGUCCAGACUGAGGGUCUGCCCUCAGCUGUGGUGCCUCUCACCAAUUCUAGUGGCAGACACAAGCUGGACCUUGCUUGAGUUGACACCGUUUCAUACCUCAUACUUACGGUGACGUCACAUUUGCCAUUGCUCAGCAAAAUUUUAUGGGGAAA